CAGCACGGGAGUUCCGCAAAGUCUUGACUCAGUGCUUCUGUAAUCUGAUCCCCUUGCGGGACGGUGACGAUGAGAUGCCUAACCAUAAAGCUUUCGGGUACUACACUCGAUGCAAGGACAAGCGGAGACGGGACGGAGAGUUUGUGGGCCCCGUCCACGGUCCUGAUGGCCAAAGCAGCAUGAGGGGAGCAGCGGAGUUUAAGAACCGGAGAAAGCCUCUUGGUCAAUCGCAGCUCACGAAGUUUGUGAAGAAACUAGCCAACGACAAUCACAACCUCCUGUUGUUCAUGGCUCCGGCGCUAGGAGAGUUCAAGGCUGAGAACAUCCUACCGACAGAUGGAGAUGCCACGUGGUUGGUUCUGCAUUGGACGAUGGACACAACGAAAUACUCAGGAUGGCACACUGAGGUGUUAGGCGGAAAGGCGAAGUGCAAAAGUCAUAGGAUACUGAUCCUUAUGGAGAUCGGGCUGUCAACGAAACCUUUUAGUGAACCGUCGAUGCAGCAAGACGAGAUGGAUGACGAGGACCCGUGAAGAUGGAUGACGAGGACCCGUGAAGGUGGAUGACGAGGACCCGUGAAGAUGGAUGACGAGGACCCGUGAAGAUGGAUGACGAGGACCCGUGAAGAUGGAUGACGAGGACCCGUGAAGCAACCGGGAGAUGAUCGCUCAGAGACGCAGACCAAUGAGGGAUGCUGGACUCGGUAGAGGAGAACCAGAGACCGAGAAAAGAUGACGAAGCGACGAAGAGGACGUGAGAGCUUUGUUUGUGCUGGUCUUGUCUCAUAAGGAAGCUCGCAAGCCUGGACCAUAGUAGGGUGAGAAGUCUACUGCUUGCCGCAGCCCGGGUAAGGGCGAGGAUGCCAACACGCUCUUGCCAUGGUAGACUCUCAAGCAAGGCGAUUGGUGGGAGCUAGAACGGCCGGGGGAGGGAGGGGUACCUUGUUGUAACUUGAAUACCAGCAUUAAAAGUGUGUCUACAAUAAACAGCCCUCUGUUCCCAACGUGGUGUAAUGUUCUCUCUCUGGCAGCCGCAGUCGAGCCGCAGUCAAGCACAAUAUCGUCCUGCCACGAAUGUGGGAUGCCUAUCUCGCCAUCACUUCUCGGAGCUUGCAUCUUCAGGGCGCGAUAAGGGUUCAGAGACCGCCGUGGAUCCAGGCGGCUUUGCUGCCCUCGGGGAAAAUCACAUCCCUCCGAUGAGCCACCAGAUGCGAUGCCGAGCUGACCUGUCUCGCACCGAGUCCCAUGGAUCUCACUGCAUCGCACGUCGCUUGCAACCACGAGAGUCCUCUUUGAGCCUGGCAAGCGCAUGCCUGCUCUUGCUCCAUCCCCGUCUGAAGCUUCAGGAGCGCGUGCGACAUCGUCAGUGCCGCUGGAGCCAGUUCAAGUACCCACACAGGUGUGGAGCGUGUCGCUGCAUCUACACACCAAGAGCCAAGAUGAUGCAUAAGGCUCCACACACAAAGACCAGAGCAACCGCCACGCAGCGAUCACGCAUGCACACCUGCUUGAUGUGGCGCCCUCAGCGAGGCUCACGAGUCGCCAUGGCCCGCCAUUGAAAUAUGGCUAGGGUACUGCAUCAACCAGCUUCGCCUUCGCGACCUCUACCUCCGUCAACGUGAUCUCCCCCUCGUUCCCAGCCUUGUUCG